AUGAGCAUUUUGAGUGUCAACUGCAGAGGGUUGGGAAAUACCUCUGCAGUUGAUAACCUCCGGAACUUAGUACGGAGGGAGGCCCCGUCUCUUAUUUUCCUAAUGGAGACGAAAUUCAGUAGUGGGGAGAUGAUGAAGGUUCGGGCUAAAUUUCCCGGGUACGAUGGUUUGGCGGUUGAUAGUUGUAGGAGGUCAGGGGGUGUUGCUUUAUUUUGGUUGAAGGGGAUCGAGGUGAAUUUACAAUCUAUGUCUAUUCAUCACAUGGAUGUUCUUCUUAAGCUAGGCACGAGUAAUGUGGUUUGGAGACUGACUAGGUUCUAUGGAUGGUCGGAGGUGCACAAUCGUCACUUAUCUUGGAGGCUUUUGGAGGAUCUUGCUAGACAAAGUGAUGAGGCUUGGGUGUGCAUUGGGGAUUUUAACGAAAUUCUCUUUGAAUCGGAGAAGAAGGGUGGGAGAGAUAGAGCUUUAUGGCAAAUGGAGAAUUUUAGAGAGGCAAUUGAUGUUUGUCAUUUGUGUGAUGUUCAUGCGGAAGGUUAUGAGUUUACUUAUGACAAUGGUCAAAUUGAUGAAGACAAUGUCCAAUGCCGGCUUGAUAGAGCCUUAGUGACCCAAAGUUGGAAGGAUCUUUUCCCGAAGGCCAAGCUUUAUAAUUUAGAGCGUGAAUGGUCGGAUCAUGCGCCUCUCAGAUUUGUGUUGGAAGAUGGUGGUGGUGGUGUCAUAAGUAAGGAAAAAUUAUUUAGAUUUGAGCAAGUGUGGACGGAAAGUGAGACUUGUGAGAAUGUUGUUGGGGAUGCGUGGUUGAUUGGGGGUGAUAGUGUAGCGAAAAAAUUAGAGGUGUGUGCUGAAUACUUGAAGACUUGGAGUGAGAAGGAAUUUGGGAAGGUGUUUAGGGAGAUUCGAAAAAAAAGGAGGAAACUUAGUCGUCUAAAUAGGGGUGGUAGAGCUGCGGCCCAGGUGUGUGAGAGACGCAAAAUUGUGAAGGAAAUUUCUGCUUUGCUUCAUGUAGAGGUGUACUGGAGACAAAGGUCGAGAGUGUUAUGGUUGGCUGCAGGAGACCGUAACUCAAGCUUCUUCCAUAGGAAAGCUAAUCAGCGUCGUCAAAAGAAUGUAAUUAAUUCCCUUGUUACUGAAGAUGGAGAGCGACGUGAUGAUACGGAAGGGGUUUGUGAGAUUGCUGUUGAUUAUUUUUAA